CUGUAACUCCCCUCCCCCAGCCUCUUCCUUCCCUCUGCAGAGAUGCCCUUCUCCUUUCAGCUCUCUCUGCACAGGUGGCCAGAGCCACACAGCCCGUCUUUAAGUCAGGACUGCUCUGUCAGAGCACAAGGCAGGCCAGAGGGAAGUGGUAAAGGGACGGAGGAGAAGGCUCCUUUCCAUCACCGAGAGGAUGGGAAACUCUCUGCCGAGGGAGAACAGGUGGCAGCGAGACACUCAAGAGAUGCCUUGGAAUCUGAGACUUCAAAACGCCAAGCAGAGAACAUCCAGGUGCUGGGAUUGCCAAAUCGCUGAAGGGUGUUUCUGCCUUCCAUGGAAAAAAAUACACAUUUUUAAAGAGAGACAAGAUUCCCAAAAGGAAAACGAAAGAAUAUCAUCUGCUCCCAUCCAGGGCACCUCUGACCAGACCUACACAGAGGAGCUGUGCUACACCCUCAUCAAUCACGGGGUCCUCCAGAGAAGGCCAUCGGGGAACUCCGCUGAGGAGUACUAUGAGAACGUUUCUGGCGAGGCUGAGAGGCCCAGAGAGUACUCGGGAGGAACUGAGACCGAGUAUUCACUUCUCCAUGUGCCUUCCACCCCGAGGCACCCACAUUCCCCAGAAGAUGUAUAUGAACUUCUCAUGCCUCGGAGCAUCUCCUCUCACUUUCUGAAACAGCCACGUCUGCUAACAGCCCCUCCUGAGACUAAGUUUUCCCAUUUAUAA